AUGGAGUAUGAUGCUUCAUCCACGACGGGGUCCAUGUUCCUGCCUUUCCUUGCGAUGUUCGGGGCCAUCUACCUCCUCGGCUACUUUGUGGUCUUCCGGCGCUGGAGCCUGCAGCAGCGGCCGGACGCGUCCAGCUGCCUCACCUCGCUCUUCCACGGCACGCCGGCAACGCUGCUGGCGCUGCGCGCAGUGCGGUCCAGCUCGAGGGCUGGCGACCUCGCGGCGCCCAACAUGCCUGCCGACGACCUCGCCCUCGACUUCAGCACGGCCUACUUCACUGUCGACCUCAUCCACUACCUCGUCUUCCUGCCCCACGAGGUGCUCUUCGUGGCGCACCACCUCGCCACGCUCUACGUCUUCGCCACCUGCCGCGCCGCCGUGCGUUGCGGCGCCUACGGGUUGCUCGCCUUGGAGGUGCUCGCCGAGGUCACCAGCCUGGCGCAGAACCUGUGGACGCUGGCCGGCAUGCGGCGCGCCGACUCGCUGCUGGCCGCCAGGGCGCACGCCGUGUUGUCGCUCCCGUUCUACCCGGCUUACACGGCCAUGAGGGCGGUCCUCGGGCCGGUCUGGUUCGUGAGGAUGGUGAAAUUCUAUGCCGCCGAUGGUGGUGUGCCGACGUGGGCGUGGGCGUCGUGGAGCGUGGUGAUUGGGUCCGCGAUACUGGUGAGCGUGCUGUGGGUGGGCAACCUGUGGUUGGUCUACUUCAGACAAAGGAUGGGGAACAACAAGAAGGAACAAUGA